UAUCAGUUUUCAUUCAUUCAUAUUCGAAGAUUGCUUUUUAUGGAAAGUUAUUUGUAGGAAAGGAUUAUAAAAAAAUCUACAAAUGUAUUUCGGCCAACUAUCAUACACAGUUUUUCAAUAUUUUGGAAUGUUAAGACCACUAACUUGGAACUCACAAUGGAAAAUUUGGAUAUACCGUAUUUACUCUAUCUUUAUGAUCAGUAUUUACUCGAUUUUUACAUUUUCUAUUUUGAUAUAUCUUCUGCAAGAUAUUGAGGAGAUUGUCAAUAACAUGGAAACUUUAUUUCAUUUUCUCGCUGUUUUUGCCGUUUUGAUCAAGCUGAUGAGCAUUAUGGUAAAACGUAAAACUCUCAUCGAAUCUAAAAAUAUGUUAUUGGAUGAAGUCUGUCAACCUCGAGAUUUUUAUGAAUCAGAAUUAUUGAAAAACUGCUCAAAAGUCUGCAGGUCCAAUACCAUUAUCUUCCUAUUCAUGACUAACAUUUCUGCAUUGUCAGUACUCGUGACUCCGCCUUCGAAGAGAAGCAACUUUCCACUUCCCUUCAAGGUUUGGAUUCCUUACAGCUUAAACUCCAGAUUGGUAUAUUCUUUAACAUAUUUUCACCAAGGAGUUGCUAUAACAAUGGCUGCUUUUAUAACAGCUUCAGUUGAAGGUUUAGCAUCGGUGAUUAUGCUACAAAUUUGCGCUCAACUAGAAAUCAUCGUUCAUCGCCUGCACUUACUUUCUCAAUUACAGAGAAAAUAUUAUUCUAAAUUCAUAGACUAUCAGGAUGAGUCGAAGCUUAUGAAAGAUUGCGUUGAUCAUCAUAUCUACACAUACAUGCUUGGAGAAAAAUUGAACGAGUUAUUUGGCCUUGUUAUUUUUGUACAAUUUUUUGCAUCAAUGAUAGGUUUGUGUGCAGUCAUCUAUCCAUUGUCAAAAUUGAGCAUAAAUAAUCCCAGUAGCUGGAGGCUUAUAUUCAUCUUACUCACUGCUCUCGUACAGAUAUUUCUUUACUGUUUUUAUGGCGAAAAGUUGAUGAAAAAGAGCAUGGAUAUUUCAAAAGAAGUUUACCAGAUAGAUUGGAUCGAAACAACUAUUAGGACAAAAAAAGACCUUACUUUACUAAUGAUACGCGCUGGGAAACCUAUAAACUUAACUGGUCUAUCACUGAUCACCAUGAAAAUCGACACAUUUGUCAAAAUACUGAAAUCAGCUUAUUCUGCUUACAAUUUAUUGAAAUCUUCUUAACAAAUUUGAAGAUGACAAAACUGAGGCAUUUAACAAUAGAAAUAUGUGUCUUUUGUUUCAUAUUCACUCUAUUGCUCAUGUGAGAAAAUAACUAAAAUAAAAUCGUCGC